AGCCGCUGCUCCUCCUGUUUCCUCCUCCUGCUCCUGCUCCCUGCACCUCCUGCUCAGGCCUGCGGGUUGUUGACUCGGCGACUCGAUGGGGAAGAGGAAAGACAUGAUUCACCCCAGGUUCCUCGGCGAAGGCAGCUCCAGUCUCCACAGCGUUCACAAGCGGAAACACAAAAAGCACAAGAAGCACAAGAGGAAGCACCACAGCUUCCCUGAGCCCCCGGCGCCCGAGCCUGUGGUCGCCCCUCGGCCUCCUCCACAGCUGAGACUCAAGAUCAAACUGGGAGGUCAGACGCUGGGGACCAAGAGCGUUCCCACCUUCACUGUGCAUCCCGGUGUCGCACGCCCCCCCUCGCCGCUGAUGAUCAUUGAUAACAAUGUUGAAGAUUCUGAUGAUGAUGAUUCUGAUGAUGAUGAUGAUGACGACGAGCCGCCCUCUGUGCCUCUGGAGCAGUAUCGAGCCUGGCUGGAUGAGGACAGCAACCUGGCCACAUCUCCUAUGCCGGACAUGGAUUCAGACUCCAUGCUGGGUGCGCCUGUGGACGAGGAGGAGAGGUGGCUGGACGCUCUGGAGAAGGGAGAGCUGGACGACAACGGGGAGCUGAAGAAGGAGAUCGAUGAGUCUCUGCUCACAGCCCGACAGAAAGCCCUGUUGCACAAGCAGCAGAGCCAGCCUCUCCUGGAGCUGCCUAUGGGCUACAAGGAGAAGGAGAUGACCGUGGAGAUGAUGCAGAAACGGGAGGAGCGAGCUCGAAAGAGGCGCCUGCAGGCUGCCAAAAAGGCAGAGGACAGCAAGAACCAGACAAUUGAGAGACUGACAAAAACCAGUAAGGCUAAGAUCAAGAGCAUGAAGGAUAGGAGGUCCAAGAUGAACCAGAGCCCCAUGGUUCGCUACAGUGACACCGCCCUGGGCUUGGCCAUCUCCUUCCCCACAGGGGUCCAUGCUCCGGCGCCGGCACCUCCCCUUCCUUCACCUCCAGCCCCGUCGAGCUGCGGUGUUAGCGGCUGCUCUAACCUGAAGAAAUACUCGUGCUCCACGACCGGGGUUCCUCUCUGCAGCCUCGAGUGCUACAAGAGGAACCUGCUGCUCGUUCAGAGCGCCGCCUGAACGCUAACAGGGAGAGACUCUUCUGAAACGACCUCCACUGGGAUGUGACACGAACACUCAUCCUCCUGGAAAAGAUAUUAUUAGAACUUUACACUCUGAAUCUGUAUGCAAUGUGGAUUUGCUUUUUUUGUUUGUAGAUGUGCUGUAUAAAUAUCUUACACACUU